AUUAUCAACAAUUCAACAUGCUGAUGUUAUAUUUGUCAUAAAAGAUGGAAAAGUUCAUGAACAAGGAACGCAUCAAGAAUUAUUAAACCUAAAAGGAACAUAUAAUAUGAUGGUGCAAGAACAACACUUGGGAGAAUCAAAUUAA